AUGUCACUGGAGAUUCACCCUGUGUCGGUGGGGGACGCGCCGGAACUCACACAAGUCUUCCACGCCAGCUUCUGUAGCGACUUCGACACAACCAUGUUCCCAAACACGCCGGAUGUGACGGAAUGGUGGGAAAAAUCGUUUAGCGACGACAUCACGCGAUCAAUUGCAGGCGAGACCCAAGUAUUACUCAAGGUGACGGAGGGGUCGGAUCGUGGCGCGAUUGUCGCGUUUGCGAAAUGGAAGCUUCCCGUUCCGGCUGCAGGUCGUGAUCGGCACGAAGAACAGAUCGUGUGGCCUGCUAGCAGUGAUAAGGAGCUUUGUGACCAUUUUUUCCGUGGUAUGGAGGAGCGACAUGAGAAGUGGAUGGGGGAGAGGCCUCACUAUUAUCUGGAUAUGUUGGGUGUUCACCCUUCCUAUCAGGGUAAAGGACUGGGUGCGAAGCUCCUCAAAUGGGGUCUCACGCGCGCCGAUGCUGAAGGCGUAGAGGUUUAUCUGUCUGCGUCUCCGGCUGGGACACCCUUAUAUUUGAAACAUGGGUUCCAGGAGGUUGAUACCUUCUUACCCUGCUCCGACUAUGUGCAGCUGGCGAUGAUACGCUCUCCCAGUGGACAAUAG